UCGAAAAGUUGUCAUCGCUGCUUUGUAAAACCAAAACAUAAAAUUCUUAAAUUUUAUUGCUGUUAUUUUUUGCAGAUUAUUGUUAAAAAUAGAAUGAGCACCGCUAUCGAAGUGGUGGACAAGGCUCCGGCGAAGUUCGCCAAUUACUUUGCCCUUGAGGCGGCAUUCAAGGAUGCCUUGGAAAAGGCCAUCCAGCAGAACAGCGUGGAGCUGCUGGUCACGGCUUAUAACAGUUUCAAGGCUAACUCCGAGCACGACAAGCGCCUACCCAUGGAUCAGGCAUUCCGAGUGCUGCUGAUGAAGCGUCUGGACGAGGACGUACAGAACAUUGGCGAUCUAGUGCGCCUCUCUGUGAAGGCCACACGCGCCGAGAUAGUUUCCACCACCAUUCCCGUGGUGCUGCUCAUCGACACGUUCGACGUGGUCACUCUGGACAAGUGCCAGGAGAUCUUCCGCUUUGUCGAGGAGCUGGUGGAGGUAUGGAAGGAGGAGAUCUUCUUUGCCUCGUGCAAAAACAACAUCCUGCGCAUGUGCAACGACCUGCUGCGUCGCCUGUCCCGAACCCAGAAUACCGUCUUCUGCGGUCGCAUCCUGCUCUUCCUCUCCAAGUUUUUCCCCUUUUCGGAGCGAUCGGGUCUAAACAUCGUCUCGGAGUUUAAUCUGGACAACUUUACGGAGUAUGGGCUGGAUAGCAAGGACAGUCAGGACGACAAUGACAAGGAGCUGGAGGACACGGCCGAAGACAUACCCCUUAAGAUUGACUACGAUCUGUACUGCAAGUUCUGGUCGCUGCAGGACUUCUUUCGUAAUCCCAAUCAGUGCUACAACAAGGCACAGUGGAAGAUGUUCCAGAUGCAUGCCGAGAACAUCCUGCAGUCAUUUUCCAGCUUCAAGCUGGAGGAUGUGCGUUCUAGUGGCAGUGACAACGCCAGCGAUGCUGGUAGCCAGUCGAUGGACAUUGAUGUCGAGACCACAGACCCUGCAGCUGUAGCGACCGCCGUGAUCAAGGCAAAUCACUUUUUCGCCAAGUUCCUGACCAAUCCCAAGCUACUGGCCCUUCAGCUCUCCGACUCCAAUUUCCGCCGUGCUGUCCUGGUGCAGUUUCUCAUUCUCUUUCAGUAUCUGCAAGUCACCGUUAAGUUCAAGAUAGAAACCUAUACCUUGACUAGCGAUCAGGCUGACUUUAUAAAGGACACAGAACCCCGCGUUUACAAGUUGUUGGAGGAGACACCGCCGUAUGGCAGGCGGUUUGCUCGCACUGUCCACCACAUGCUGAUACGGGAGGAGAUGUGGAAUAACUGGAAAAACGAUGGCUGCAAGGAGUUCAAGAAGCCGGAGGAGCCGGUCGCAAGUGAGGAGGAAGUGAAGCCACCACCGACUAAGAAGCCCAGGCGUCCCUUGGGCGAUUCUCUGCGCGAUGCUGCUCGCAACGGCAAGUUCUUUUUGGGCAACGACAAUUUGACCCGCCUGUGGAACUACUCUCCGGAUAACUUGCAGGCAUGUAAGAGCGAGCAGCGUAACUUCCUGCCAUUACUGGAGACCUACUUGGAGACGCCGCACGACAAGGUCGACCCUGGCUUUGAAUGGCGAGCUUUGCGGCUGCUGGCUCGCCAAACGCCACACUUCUUUACCUCGCUGUCGCAGCCGUCAAGCAAGACCUCCGACUAUUUGGAGCAGGUGCGCAAGCGUCUUAUUCGUGACAAGGAACCGAAGCCGGUGGUUAUGACCUCAAGCCACUCCUUGGAGCACAAUAAUGGCCUGGCAGCCAACCAUGGCCAUACGGAGAGCGUGAACUUCGCUACAGAGUCACCAGAAUCGCCGGCUGAGGCAGAGCCAGAUCUCGAGGUUGAUGAUACGGAGCAGGUGGUGGAUGAAGCGUUUGAGCCCGCAGCCUAUGAGAAGCCUUUAAUGGUCACAAAAGAGCAUAUCGAAGAGGUGGCCCCACUGAUCGGCGAGCCCUGGAUGAAGGUGGGAAAGAAAAUUGGAUUCAGCAAUGAUGAGCUGCUUUACUUCCAAAUGGAGAACCCCGCCGCCAACUUGGCGUGCAUUAAAAUGCUGACCAACUGGAUCUCCGAGGACGAUGAUGACGCCACCCUAGACAACUGGGCGUACAUGCUCGAAGGCUUGGAAAUGAACAAGGCUGCCGAGGCAGUGAAGGCCAUUAUUGAGCGCGAGAGGUCAGGAUCAACCGCGGCGGUGCAGGCCGCGGUAAGUGCUUCUGAUGACAACGACGUUGAGGUGCUGUCCGACUAGCACAUCCAUACCCAGAACCCACUACACAUUCGAUUCUUUUCAAUCAUUAAACUUCUUUAUCACAAGUAA